AUGGUGUCUGAGAAGUGGGCUUCUGCAUUCCUGCUGCUGCAGCUCUGCUGUGCCGGCUGUGGACUCUGUGGGAAGGCUCUGGUCUGGCCCUCUGACAUGAGCCACUGGCUUAAUAUCAAGAACAUUUUGGAUGAACUCGCAGACAGGGGCCAUGAAGUAACAGUGAUGAGUCCUUCAUAUACUAUCCUCAUUGACCACAGGAAGCCUUCUGCACUGAACUUCGAGGUGUUCCAUGUGCCAUUUGACAGAAAGAAUACAGAGGAUAAAAGUGAUGAACUUUUAAAUCUGAUUCUUAAUGUCUUGCCAAGCUUACCAUUUUGGCAAUCAGCAAUAAAAUUGAAUGAUUUUUUUAUUGGAUUGACUGGUAAUUUUAAACUUCUCUGUGAAAGUGUAGUCUACAAUAAGACACUCAUGAAGAAGCUGCUGGAAGCCAACUAUGACAUAAUGAUUAUAGACCCUGUGACACCCUGUGGGGAACUAGUGGCUGAACUGCUUGCAGUCCCUUUUGUGAUCACACUUAGAGUUUCUGUGGGAGGCAAUAUGGAGAGAUGCUGUGGGAAACUUCCAGCUCCACCUUCCUACGUACCUGUGCCUAUGGUGGGACUAACAGACAGAAUGACCUUUCUAGAAAGAGUGAAAAAUACAAUGCUUUUAGUUUUCUUCAACUUCUGGAUGCAGGAUUACGACUUUCAUUUUUGGAAGCAGUUUUACAGUGAAGCAUUAGGAAGGCCCACUACAAUAUGUGAGAUUCUGGGGAAAGCUGAAAUUUGGCUAAUCCGAACAUAUUGGGAUUUUGAAUUUCCUCGACCAUACCUACCUAAUUUUGAAUUUGUUGGAGGAUUGCACUGCAAACCUGCCAAACCUUUACCUGAGGAAAUGGAAGAAUUUGUCCAGAGCUCAGGUGAAGAUGGGGUUGUGGUAUUUUCUCUAGGGUCAUUGGUCCAAAAUCUCACAGAAGAAAAAAGUGAUCUCAUCGCUUCAGCCCUCGCCCAGAUUCCACAGAAGGUUUUAUGGAGAUACAAGGGUAAGAAACCAGCCACCCUAGGAGCCAAUACUCGGCUCUAUGACUGGAUACCCCAAAAUGAUCUUCUUGGUCAUCCAAAAACUAAAGCUUUUAUCACUCAUGGUGGAAUGAAUGGGGUCUAUGAAGCUAUUUAUCAUGGGGUUCCUAUGGUGGGAAUUCCUAUGUUUGGUGAUCAGCCAGAUAACAUCGCUCACAUGAAGGCCAAAGGAGCAGCUGUGGAAAUAAGUUUCAACACAAUGACACAUGCGGAUUUGCUCCGGGCUUUGAGAACAGUUAUUAAUGAUCCUUCUUAUAAAGAGAACGCUAUGAGGUUAUCAAAAAUUCACCAUGAUCAACCUGUAAAGCCCCUGGAUAGAGCAAUCUUCUGGAUCGAGUAUGUCAUGCGCCACAAAGGAGCCAAGCACCUGCGUCCAGCUAUCCAUGACCUCACCUGGGUCCAGUACCACUCCUUGGAUGUGAUUGGGUUCCUGAUGGCCUGUGUGGCAAUUUCUAUAUUCUUAGUCACAAAAUGUUGUUUAUUUACCUGUCAAAAACUUGGUAAAACAAGAAUAAAGACAAAAAGGGAAUAG